AGGAGACGAGUAGAAAUUGGAUUGAAUCGCACAAAGAGAGAAAAUCAAGAUAGAUAGCUAUGAUACACAUGCCUGCAUAUCUACUUAAACAAGUGCGCGCUUGCGUCUUCAAAAAAACAUAUCCGUCGUCUCUCCAAGCCAUCAAAAAUGGUAACUUCAUACAAGAAAAGAGCGAAUGGACGUCCGAGGCCAGCCAUACGGGAGGUUGGGUGGGGUAUCUCGAAGCAUAUAUACAUGUAUAAAACGAAGGUCACGAACGACCUUCUCACCGAGGUGAGAGAGAUGUCAUAAUCGUAUCCCAAAAGGUUAUGGGCAGGUGUGUAU